AUGUUUGGUUUGGAUCUAGAGGGGCUCGAGUCAGUUUCGGACGUGUUUCGGGUGGAUCCGGUUAAGGUUGGAAUAGCUGGUGCACUUCUGGUGCUGGUUCUCUACUACAGAUCUCGCAUUUGCAAGGUCUGGCUUGCAAUUGUGAGCCUCGAUUUUGCGAACAAGUUUUUGCAUUUGCGAGCAUGGGCUGUAUUUGGUGGUUUCGCAUUUGCGAGGAUUAUGUUCGCAUUUGCGAACUGUCAGCGAUCGCAAUUGCGGCUAAAUCUACAGGCAAAGCAUCGGUUGAGCUUUGAUUUGAUUAUGGAGCGAGUUUCAUAUGCUAUAGAUAUCACCUUCUAUGUUGCUAAUUUCCUCACCAAGAAAUUCAAAAGACAAAACAAGCUACCCAAUAUAUGGCAAAAUACACAGCCUUCGUUGCCCUCAUCUUCUGUCUUCUCCUUGUCGCUGCCACUGAAAUGCAAAUGGCAGAAGGCAAAUACUGUUGGAAGAAAAAUCACAAGUGGCACGGGCCUUGCCACUACUCCUAUAAAUGUAGCCAGCAUUGUAAGCAUUGGUUUGGAGCUAAAUAUGGAAUUUGUAAGAAAUAUCAAUGGGGACAUAAACAUCAUCACUGGGGAAAAUAUGCUUGUUAUUGCUACUCUCCCUGCCAUUAAUCAUAGUUUCAACGAUUGGCUUGGACUGCUAAAUAUAUUAUAAAUAAGAAAGCUGACUUUUUAUGAAUGCAGAGUACUAAAUACUGCAUCAAGAAACAGUUGGUGUGAUUUUGUUGUGUGUUUGUGUCGUGUGACAAUGUAAUAAGUUUUGUUGAGGCUAGCAUGACCUUUUGGUCUAGCUUUGCCUGAAAAAGUAUGUUGCUUUUAUAUAAUUUUAUGUUUUUAUGGGUGUUAACAUCAAA